AUGGAGAAUCGUCUAGUAAGAUGGGAGGAGUUAGGCAUGGACUGUUUAGCAAGUGUUUUUGAAAAGGUUGGUAUGGAGUCACUGCUCCUGAAUAUCCCUUUUGUGUGCAAGUCAUGGUACAAAGCGAGUCUCAGUCCUUGCUGCUGGCUAAGUCUCGACUUCACGGAAAUUUUAACCAAGUACUACUAUACUUGGAUUGAAAGCCAUGAUCGCUUUGUGAAAAGAUUUGUAGAUCGUAGCAAAGGGCAUGCUACUUUUCUCAGGCUACCUGGAUGCUGUACCCUCGAAGCAUUCAAAUAUGUUGCAGAUGUGUGUCCUGGCCUCAAGGCUUCGUCUUUGCCUAGUGAACUAGUGUUUCUGCAACCUAGCAUGAUUAUAGAACUGAUUGAAAAGUGGGAAAAUUUGGAGUCAUUGUCAUUGAAAAGUCGCAUAAAUAUUGCUGAACUCCUUUCACCGAUCAGCCUUCACUGCAAGAACUUUCGUCGUUUAGAUAUACAUGGUGCUUCAGUACGUGAAGAUGCGGCGUUGUCGAUCGUCAAAUUGGUGCCUAAUAUUGAGCACUUAAGCUUGAGAGGGGUAUUAUGA